UUUUUUGAGAGGGUAUAUUUGUAAGCAAACAAAAAAGAAGAAGAAGUAGAAGUAUAUUGGUACGUCAAGAUAUAUGUAUUGUACAAUAGUUAAUUUAAUUUAUCGUGAUUUGGCGACGUAAUAAUAAUGCGUACCAUCAAUCUAAGCAGUCGUAUGCAAUUAUUUAUUGUGGUGAUAAUCCUGUGGGGUGCAACCGUUUUACUUUCUCUUACAAAUCUCAAUUCUGGAAGCAAUACCAAGCACCUUAUGGAAAAUGAUUUGAAGAGGCUGAACCGGGCCAUCUCAUAUGUUAAUGCACUCGAGUCUAACAACAAUCAUAUUGAAAAUUUGCUCAGGGAGCAUAUUGAAGAUGGUCUUUUUGAUGAAAAUGGAAAGCAAGAAUUGGCUGGAAAAAUAGAGGAAAAGCUUAAAAGUCUAAAUUGGAGCAAAUCUAACAGUAUUCCAUCCAUUAAAUACCAAAAUCUCCUUCGUAGAAUAUUUUCAAACGUCCUGGAGAUGUAUAAUUUCAUGAGCGCUGAGAUAAAUAGUAUAAAGAAUCGCGACAAGUUAAAUAGUCCAGAUGCAAUCAGUUCAAUAGAUGAAGCGAUGAAACUAUUGAAAGAACACAAGGGAUCCCUUUUAAUGGACAUUGAUGAACUUCAAGAGGUAGACGGGCAUUCAAUGUGGAGAAAAGAUGAAUUCAGAAAUUUGUCAAAUUUAGUGCAGCACCGUUUGCAAUAUCUUCAAAAUCCAAAAGAUUGUGCCAAUGCGCGAAAGAUUGUGUGUCGACUGAAUAAAGGAUGUGGAUAUGGGUGUCAAUUACAUCAUGUCGUUUACUGUUUCAUCAUGGCUUAUGCUACGGAGAGAACUCUAAUACUGAAAUCCAAAGGCUGGCGAUACCACAAAGCCGGUUGGGAGGAUAUUUUUAUGCCAAUUUCGGAAACUUGCCUAGAUGCUGAUGGCAAAACUCAUGCAAAUUGGCCAGGAAAACCAUCAACACAAGUUAUUACACUACCCAUUAUUGACUCUCUCCAUCCACGACCGGAGCACCUACCUCUCGCAAUUCCAGCAGACUUAGCUCCUCGAUUAACACGCAUCCACGGGGAUCCAUUUGUUUGGUGGGUUGGACAGUUUCUAAGGUAUCUAUUACGUCCACAACCAUCGACGCAGAUAAUGCUAGACAAGGGGAUUAAAAAUUUAGGUUUUCGUAAUCCAAUCGUUGGUGUUCAUAUCAGACGUACUGAUAAAGUAGGUACAGAAGCGGCCUUUCAUAACCUCAAGGAGUAUAUGGCAGCCGUGGAUGAGUACUACGAUCAAUUAGAAAUGCGACAGCCUGUUGAUAAGCGAAGAGUGUACAUUGCAUCAGACGAUUACAAGGUAAUCGAUGAGGCAAAGUCUAGCUAUCCUCAUUACGAAAUCAUCGGUGAUCCUAAUGUAGCUAGAAUGGCAGCUGUAUCAUCACGCUACACAGAUUUCUCUCUCAAUGGCAUAAUCAUGGAUACGCAUCUGCUCUCUCUGUCUGAUUACCUCGUUUGCACGUUCAGUUCACAAGUCUGUCGUGUGGCAUAUGAAAUCAUGCAGACACUGCAUCUGGAAGAUGCGACACAGCGUUUUAAGUCCCUAGACGACAUCUAUUACUACGGCGGUCAAAAUGCUCACAAUAGGCGAGCUGUGAUUCCGCAUUCGCCACGGAAUAGUCGUGAAAUCACUAUACAGAAGAAUGACUUAAUCAGCAUUGCUGGAAAUCACUGGAAUGGUUUCUCAAAAGGCAAGAAUACAAGGACGAAUCAAAUGGGACUCUUUCCAUCGUUCAAAGUUGUAGACAAAGUUGAAGUAGCGGAAUUUCCAACAUAUAAAACAAUCACGAGUUUCGCAAUUAUUUCAAUGAAAAAAUAACUUGUGGUAAUUAUUUUUACAAUUAUUAAAAAAAAUACUAUUGUUAGACCGAAA